AUGUCUGUUGUCUUCAAAGUGGCGAGCUGCGAAUUGGUUGUUUUUGCAGAUGAGGGCAUAUUUGCCAGAAGGUAAAGUGUCACCUAGGUCAAAAAUCACCCGCGCAAUUUAACUUCGCUCCCAAUAUGUGGCGCCAAUUCUACAUUUCGGUAUAAAUUCCAGUUCCACAUUCGCGCUCAGCAAUCAGCAUUCUCUCUCUGCGAAUCGGAAAAAUGCAACGCCAGCAGUCGAUCCUCUCCUUCUUCAAGAAACCCUCGCCCGAAAAGCAGAGCUCCGACGCCGCAACUGCACCAAACGGCCGCCGAGCUUCUCAGCUUCCGGUGACGCAGCAGGAACAAAAGACCUCCGUUUCUAAGCAGACUACGGCGGCUCUUGAAGUUACCGGAACCGACACUCCGCCGGAGAAGGCUCCACGUCAGAUUUUGCCUGUGAAUGUGGAGAGCCUGAAAGAGUCGUCUCCAUUUGCCAACAUCAUGCUUAAAUUUAUGAAGGUCGAUGAUACCCAAAAAGCUCCUCAGAGCCAGAGGAAGCAAUCAAAUGCUGGUUCCUCUAACGGUUGUACAGAGUCUGGUAAGUUUACCGAGCCUCAAGGAUUGUGUGAACAAGCAGUGGCAUCUCAACAUUUUCUAUUUAACAAAAAUGUUACCAAUUCCAAUGAGAAAACUGGUGAAGCUUCUGUUGUGCAUAUUGAUAGUGACAUUGUUGGGCCAGAAACGCCUGGGGCACAGCGUCUGGUUCCCCGAAUGAAACGGAUUCAAGAUGAUAUUCCGAAGUUUGGGGAUAAGUUAGAUGGUCCGUUGCAAAAUUCUAGCAAAAGAGUGAAACUUCUUCAGGAGCCAGCAGUAGCCUUGGACAAGAGUAAUGGAGAAGCAUCUGACAUGGCUAGCAAGUUUGACUGGCUUGACCCGUCCCGAAUCAGAGAUGGAAAUAGAAGGCGGCCUGAUGAUCCUCUCUAUGACAAAACAACACUGUAUAUACCACCUGAUGCUUUGAAGAAGAUGUCAGCAUCGCAAAGACAAUAUUGGGAUGUCAAGUGUCAAUAUAUGGAUGUUGUUCUUUUCUUCAAAGUGGGAAAAUUUUAUGAGCUUUAUGAACUAGAUGCUGAAAUUGGCCAUAAGGAGCUUGAUUGGAAAAUGACCUUAAGUGGUGUAGGGAAAUGUCGUCAGGUUGGUAUCUCUGAAAGUGGGAUUGAUGAUGCUGUCGAAAAGCUGGUUGUGCGUGGCUAUAAAGUUGGAAGGAUAGAGCAGCUGGAGACUUCUGAUCAAGCAAAAGCCAGAGGUGCCAAAGCUGUCAUUCCGAGAAAGCUGGUUCAGGUAGUCACACCAUCAACCACAACUGACGGAAAUAUUGGGCCUGAUGCUGUUCAUCUUCUUGCAUUAAAAGAGGUGAGCUCUGAGGUGCAUAAUGGUUCAGUUGUAUAUGGAUUUGCUUUUGUUGAUUGUGCUGCUUUAAAGUUCUGGAUUGGUGCCAUAAGUGACGAUGCCUCCUGUGCUGCUUUGGGGGCUUUAUUGAUGCAAGUGUCACCUAAAGAAGUUAUAUAUGAAAGUAGAGGGCUGUCAAGAGAAGCUCAAAAAGCCUUAAAAAAGUACUCAACAGGUUCUGCUGCACUGCAACUGACUCCAGUGCAGUCACUCACUGAUUUUUCGGAUGCUUCUGAAGUUAGAAAUGUAAUUCAGUUGAAAGGGUACUUCAAAGGGUCUUCCAAUUCAUGGAAUCAUGGACUUGACAGUGAGAUACACCAUGAAAUCACUUUAUCUGCACUUGGCGUUCUUAUUGGCCAUCUAUCCAGGUUGAUGUUAGAUGAUGCUUUACGAAAUGGAGAUAUAUUACCUUACCAAGUUUAUAGGGGUUGCCUCAAAAUGGAUGGACAGACACUGGUAAAUCUGGAAAUUUUCAGUAAUAAUGCUGAUGGUGGUCCAUCAGGUACACUGUACGCAUAUCUUGAUAACUGUGUAACAUCAUCCGGUAAGCGGCUUUUGAGGAAGUGGCUCUGCCAUCCUCUGAAAUCUGUUGAAGCCAUUAAUAAUAGGCUUGAUGUAGUUGAAGAUCUACUGGUACAUCCAGAAAUGAUACCACUUAUUGCUCAAUAUCUUCGCAAGAUUCCAGACCUAGAAAGGUUACUCGGACGGAUUAGGGCAAGUGUUCAGUCCUCAGCUUCUCUCCUACUCCCGUUGUUUGGCAAAAAAGUAUUGAAACAGAGAGUGAAAGUGUUUGGGACUCUUGUGAAGGGCCUGAGAUCUGGAUUGGAUUUGUUAAAGCUAUUACAGAAUGAAGGGCAUAUCAUUGAACGAUUAUCAAAAGUAUUUAAAGUUCCAAGUCUGAGUGGCAGUGAUGGGCUUGAUCAACAUCUUACCCAAUUUGAAGCUGCUGUAGAUAGUGAAUUCCCAAAUUACCAGAAUAACGAGGCAACUGAUUCACAUGCCGAAACACUCUCCAUCCUGAUUGAACUAUUUAUCGAGAAAGUAAAAGAAUGGUCUGAUGCCAUACAUGCCAUCAACUGUAUUGAUAUACUAAGAUCUUUUGCUGUUACUGCAAGUUUCCCAUCUGGGACCAUGUCCAGACCUGUUAUUUUGCCUCAAUCAGAAGAUAUGACUUUGAAUGGAGAGAACCAAAGUCCUACACUUGCUACUAAAGGACUAUGGCAUCCAUUUGCUCUUGGGGAAAAUGGAGGACUGCCUGUCCCAAAUGACAUGGUCCUAGGUGAGGGUACAGAUGGCCAUCAUCCACGCACUUUACUACUGACUGGGCCAAAUAUGGGUGGAAAAUCAACUAUUCUUCGCGCCACAUGUCUUGCUGUUAUACUAGCCCAGCUGGGUUGUUACGUGCCUUGUGAGACAUGUGUUCUCUCACUUGUAGAUGUCAUCUUCACACGGCUUGGUGCCACUGAUCGUAUCAUGACUGGCGAGAGUACGUUCUUUGUGGAAUGCACAGAAACAGCAUCAGUUCUUCAACAUGCCACUCAAGAUUCUUUGGUUAUUCUUGAUGAAUUGGGUCGUGGAACGAGCACUUUUGAUGGAUACGCAAUUGCAUAUGCUGUCUUUCGCCAUCUUGUCGAGAAGAUUAACUGCAGAUUAUUGUUUGCGACUCACUAUCACCCGCUGACCAAGGAAUUCGCUUCUCAUCCACACGUUACAUUACAACACAUGGCAUGUUCUUUCAAGUCAAAAUCUGCAUGCCCUUCGAAAGGUGACCAAGAGCUGGUAUUUCUCUAUCGCCUUACCAAUGGGGCAUGCCCAGAGAGUUACGGACUGCAAGUAGCAAUGAUGGCUGGGAUCCCAGAGCAGGUGGUCGAAGCUGCUUCAAAGGCCGGCCAAGUAAUGAAGAAAUCCAUUGGGCAAAGUUUCAAGACCAGCGAACAGAGAUCAGAGUUUUCUACUCUCCACGAGAGCUGGCUGAAGACCCUGCUAGCUGCCACGCUGACCGGUAAUUACAAUGACGAAGAUUGUUUUGAUGUGCUGUUUUGUUUGCAGCACGAACUUAAGAGCUCGUAUCGAUCGGGCAACUGACAAAGGGCACGAGAUUUCUAUAGAUAGCAGCGUGAAAACUUUGAGUUUUGAUGCCUCUCUGACUGUUGUAACUUCGUAUUUUACUAAACUGCAUCCGGAAAUGUUUCCCCUUAACGGAAAGGAAGAAAAGGAGGAGAUAAUUGUGGUGGAAAUCAUCAAUUAUCAAAAGGGGUGUGAUAUCCACACAUCUUAUUUUA